AUGGAUCCCUCCAAGUCCUCCAGGCCCUCCAAGCCUCCAAAUAUCAACACAUCAUCCCCGACCCCGAUGUCUCCCACCCCUCAAUCCCCGACAUCGCCAUCCUGGGUUUCCUCCGUUCGGCCUUCAAGGAUUCCCUUUCCGCAGCUGAAGGAGAGGGUGGACCUUGCUGUCAAGGCCCGUAAUGAUGGGUACGCCGUUACAACCGCCCUAAUUGUGUAUUGGGAAGACGACGACACUGGCGCCGAAAUGGACGCGAAGUAUCUGGAGAAAACUUUUAAAGAUUUACUCGGUAUCGUACCGACAAUGUCGCCAAUAUGCUUGUUCAAGAUCAUUCCACCGUUCACCCCCCUCGACUCGCUGUUCAUUUUUGCAUAUAUCGGUCACGGGAAUAUCGAGAUUAUCCACGAAAAGUCGCAACUCGUUUUUGCCAGCAGAAAGCCCGGCAGAUACAUUCGGUGGAAUCAUGUCCAGAGUAAUAUUGAUGAACACCACAUCAGCACUCUCGCAAUCCUCGAUUGCUGUUACUCGGGCUUCAAGGGGACACUGGACGCUGUUGCACCGGCGAUUCAAGUCUUCGCGGCCUGCGCAGGAACUGAAAAGGCUCGCGCCCGGGGGAGUAAUUCAGCCACUUUCACACGAAGAUUCUGCGGCGAACUCAAAUUCGCUCAAAAUCACGGAGAAUCAUUCAUCAAUACCGAGGAGAUGUUUGAGAGAUUACGACUGAAUACAGUUUUGGGCUCCCCAAAUCCCCGCCUCCAGCAAAACGGAGGAGUCAAACCAAUCCUCCUGAAUAUCAAGAAGCAACUCCCACAACCUCGACCUUCCUCUCCAUCACGCAUCCCUCGACCAAAGCCACCAAAAGCUGACGCGCAGCAUGUCGUUGUCAAACUCACACUAAUGGGACCCGAAGCCGAGAGCAUAGCAGCUUUCCAGCACGCGAUGCUGCGGUUGCCAGAACCCUUCCACGUCCGCCUGAUCGACGCUUUCAAGACUGACCGUUCAUCUCUGGUGAUCAUGCGGAUGCGGUGGCAGACGUGGGCUAGAUUGUCCACCGUGCUAGAACUCAAGCCCAUGGGAGUGAUUACUGGAGAGUCUUUACUGCCUGAGACGUCUGCCCCUACCUUAUCCGAGGUUCGUCGAGUAGGCGAAAACUUGCCCCUUCGCCCUGGCCCAAGCAAGGACAACUACUGA